UUGUUCAAAGUUUCCAUCUUUAGAUUAGACCCUCUGGCUCCUUCUCCUUCUUUUACUCUUUUGCCUACCAGAUAAUGUAAAACCCUGCCAAAGUUUUCAACUUUUGAACAAAUAUUUUUUAUCUAACAAAUUUUGUAAGACAAAAAAAAUCCCAACAAGGAGAAUUUAUUUUUGAGAAGCAUGACUUUGAGUAGGUUCUGGGGUUUGUUUCUUCUCCACGUUGCUCUGCUUUCAAGCUUGUGUUUUGCUGAGGAUCCCUUUGUUACCUACGAUUUUGAGGUCUCUUACAUCACUGCUUCCCCUUUGGGUGUUCCCCAACAGAUUAUUGCUGUAAAUAACAAGUUUCCAGGCCCUACCAUCAAUGCGACUACUAACUACAACAUCGUCGUCAAUGUUCGAAACAAAUUGGACGAGAGUUUACUCAUGCAUUGGUCCGGGAUUCAACAGAGGCGUAGUUCAUGGCAAGAUGGUCUGCUCGGUACUAAUUGUCCGAUCCCGCCUAAGUGGAAUUGGACUUAUCAGUUCCAAGUUAAGGACCAAAUCGGGAGCUUCUUCUAUUUCCCAUCGCUGCAUUUCCAAAGGGCGGCUGGUGGUUUUGGUAGCUUUAUUAUCAACAAUAGAGAGAUUAUUCCUAUUCCUUUCGACACCCCUGUUGAGGAUAUUACCAUUUUGAUUGGUGAUUGGUACACACGGAAUCAUACGGUUUUGAGAAAGGCGCUUGAUGCUGGAAAAGAUCUAGGGAUGCCGGAUGGUGUUCUUAUUAAUGGCAAAGGACCUUACCGAUAUAACGAUACUCUUGUACCUGAUGGGAUCGAUUAUGAAACAAUUAACGUCCAUCCAGGGAAAACUUACCGCCUUCGAGUUCACAAUGUGGGAAUAUCGACCUCCUUGAAUUUCAGGAUUCAGAGCCAUAAUUUACUUCUUGCGGAGACUGAGGGAUCAUAUACGGUGCAACAGAACUACACUAGCUUAGACAUACAUGUAGGACAGUCUUACUCGUUUCUGCUUACAACGGAUCAGAAUGCUAGUAGCGAUUACUACAUCGUUGCAAGUGCGAGGUUUGUGAAUGAAUCACAGUGGAAACGAGUUACCGGUGUUGCCAUUUUGCGUUAUUCUAAUUCGAAAGGAAAAGCAGCUGGUCCACUCCCCGACCCACCGCAGGAUGAAUACGACAAAACCUUUUCAAUGAACCAAGCUAGAUCUAUCAGAUGGAAUGUAUCUGCCAGUGGUGCUCGCCCGAACCCACAGGGAUCAUUUAGAUACGGUUCAAUCAAUGUGACUGAAAUUUAUGUUUUGAGAAACAAGCCACCGGAGACUAUCGAUGGGAAAAGACGAGCAACGCUCAGCGGGAUAUCCUUUGCCAAUCCUGCUACACCAAUCCGGCUUGCAGACCAGUUUAAGCUUAUGGGAGUUUAUAAGCUAGACUUUCCCAAUAGACCACUUACAGGGCCACCUAAAAUUGAAACAUCCGUUAUUAACGGAACAUAUAGGGGAUUUAUGGAAGUCAUCCUACAGAACAAUGACACCAAGAUGCAUACCUAUCACAUGAGCGGAUAUGCGUUUUUUGUUGUCGGAAUGGAUUACGGUGAGUGGUCGGAGAAUAGCAGGGGCACAUAUAAUAAAUGGGAUGGGAUUGCCCGCUCCACAACACAGGUUUAUCCAGGUGCUUGGACCGCAAUCUUGAUAUCACUCGACAAUGUUGGAGUCUGGAAUAUUAGAACCGAAAACCUCGACUCAUGGUAUCUUGGCCAAGAAACGUAUGUCAGGGUUGUCAACCCCGAAGCUACGAACAAAACCGAGUUGCCUAUGCCUGCCAAUGCCCUCUUUUGCGGCUCUCUCAGCAAAUUACAAAAGCCGCAGGAUGUCACCUCAUUGGCUACAUCAAUCAGAUCGAAGCUGUUCUUCUCCGUGCUGAUGAUUGCCUCGAGACUGUUUCUCGUUUCCCGCUAGGUACCUUUCUUUUCGAGUGGUUUGUGCUUGUCCGAAAACCUUGCUUCACACGUAAGGUUUGUGUUUGUAUGUUUUUAGAUGUGCAAUUGUAGUAUUGUUGAUAUGAAUAUUGGGUUGUUUUGG